GCAAAACACAACACAACCAAGAGGAUUUGCGGUUUGCCUUUUUCACACAAGAGGACCCUCACACUCCUUUGAACUUGGAUCUAUAGCAAAAAAGUCCACCCCCCAGUUUUGGAUGGUGCGGAACUGGACAUAUUAAAUGUUCACUGGAACACUGGAAGGGGAAAUGGGAAAAAUGAAGUUCCUUGUUGCUUGUUUUAUGGUGCUGCAGCUGCUGGCUGUGUUGGAAAUCCAGAGUUUUGACUUUGUUGUGGAAGAAGACGCAGAGAAACUGGCAGAGCUGUUUGACUUGGAGACCGGGGGCCUCAUCUCAAGCCCGCGUAUGCGAAGGGGCAGACCUCAGAGAAGCACCUCCAACAGUGAAAAUGAGGAAGAACUGAUUCUUGGUGAUGACAAAAUAGUCCUCCACAGCUACAAGAUCCAGUCCAUCAUCACGUCCCGCAUGGCCAAUACGAUGGUCCAGACCAAAGUGGAAAACAGAGCCAAGUACUCACAGAAUCUGGCCUUUGAUGUUCAGAUCCCCAAAGGGGCCUUUAUCCACAAUUUUACUAUGAAUGUCAACGGUAUCACUUUUACUAGUUCAAUUAAGGAAAAAUCUGCCGCUCGAAGUCAGUAUGCCCGGGCUAAGGCCAAAGGUAAAGCUGCUGCGAUCCUAAGGAGCAACGCUUAUGACAUGGAGAACUUCAAAGCCGAACUCAGCGUCCCAGGUGGGACCAAAGUCCAAUUUGAAAUUCAUUACCAGGAGUCCAUCCGGAGGAAAUUAUCCUCCUACGAACACCUUAUCCCAGUGCAGCCAGGCAGGCUGGCCAAACACUUGGAGGUUAACAUCCACAUUGUCGAACCACAGGGAAUUAGUUUUGUCCACGUUCCUAAUGUGCUUGGUGAGCAGUUUAUUGACGCAACUAUAGUCAACAAAGGAGAGAAAAAGGCACACGUGUCCUUCAAACCAACCGUAGCCCAGCAACAAAAGUGCUCCAAUUGUACCACCACAGCUGUGGAUGGCAAUCUUGUGGUAACCUAUGAUGUCAAAAGGGAUACGAAAGCUGGAGAGCUGGAGGUCUUCAAUGGGUAUUUUGUCCACUACUUCGCUCCGGAUGACUUGGAUCCUCUGCCAAAAAAUAUCCUGUUUGUCAUUGAUGUCAGCGGCUCUAUGUGGGGAAUAAAAAUGAAACAGACUGUGGAAGCUAUGAAGACCAUCCUGGGUGACCUCCGAUCCGAUGACCAGUUUUCUAUCCUGGACUUCAACCACAAUGUCCGUUGCUGGAGAGAUAAUUUGGUUCAAGCCUCCAAAAUGCAGAUAGAUGCAGCCACGAAUUACGUUGAGGGAAUCCACCCCAAUGGAGGAACCAACAUCAACGAUGCCCUUCUCCGGGCCAUCUUUAUUUUAAAUGAAGCCAACGCUUUGGGGAUGCUAGAUCCAAGUUCUGUCUCCAUGAUAAUAUUGGUUUCAGACGGAGACCCAACUGUCGGAGAACUAAAGCUGCCCACGAUUCAGAAAAACGUGAAGAAGCAUAUCCAGAAUGACAUCUCCUUGUUCUGUCUUGGAAUCGGCUUUGAUGUGGACUAUGAUUUUCUGAAGAGGUUGGCGACUGAAAACAACGGAGCCGCGCAACGGAUCUUUGGGAAUCAAGAGACCUCUUCCCAAAUGAAGAAAUUCUACAACCAGGUUUCCACCCCACUUCUCAAAAAACUGGAGUUCAACUAUCCCGAAGGAGUCGUGUCCGAUGUAACCCAGAGCACCUUCCAGAACUAUUUUGGAGGGUCAGAGAUUGUGGUAUCGGGAAAAGUCGACACUGAAAAUGUGCAGCAUUUACAGAGUGUGAUAACAGCCACAGCAUCCAAUGCACAGCUAAUCUUGGAGAUUCUGGCUGACGUUGAGGGACUGGAUGACUUCCUGAACAAGAAUAAACAUGCCGAUCCCAAAUUCACGGAAAAGUUGUGGGCCUACCUGACCGUCAACCAACUCAUGGCUGAAAGAAACGUGGCUCCUACCGCCUCCUUGAAAAGAAACAUCACCAAGGCCAUCUUGCAGAUGUCGCUGGACCAUCACAUCGUGACCCCCUACACAGCUAUGCUCAUUGAGAACCCAGAUGGGGAGGAGAUGAUGCUGGCUGACUCCCCGCAGGACCGCAAGAGGGCCUGUUGUCCAGGUGCUCUAAGCAUUGGACAGCCCAAGCCCGUCCCUGCUUUGGCUCAGCCCGGCUCCAAAGACCCACAACCAGCACUUAGGGGUCCCACUGCAGCAACUGUAUAUCCAGUUAUUGGCCAAGAACAGACCAACAACUCCGUUCCGUCCUGGGCGAAGCCCACAACCAAAUCAGGGGGUCCUUUAGCUGCUGUCAGGGGCUCCCCUGCCAUAUCUGCAGUGGACAGUGACCCCCAUUUCAUCAUCAACCUCUCAAGGCAACAGAAGAACAUUUGCUUCAAUAUUGAUUCUCAACCAGGGGCCAUCCUGAAUUUAAUUUCAGAUGUAGAGUCCGGAAUUACAAUUAAUGGGAAACUCAUUGGCGCCAAGAGGUUCUUGAAUAAUAAACUCAACACCUACUUUGGCAAGAUUGGGUUUCAUUUUGAAGCGAAAGGCUUGAAGGUCGAAGUCAGCACUGAGACGAUCACCUUAAAGGACGGCUCUUCCACCAGCUCUCUUUCCUGGUCAGAGACAGGAAGUCUCAUUCGGAGGAGGUUGCUGGUCUUGGUCCAGAAAGAGAGCAACGUGACUCUCACUGUAGACGGGGAUCUGACCUUUAUGGUCCUGCUCCAUCGGGUUUGGAAAAAGCACCCAGUCAAUGUGGAUUUCCUGGGCAUCUACAUCCCUCUGGCAAAUAAUUUCUCCUCCGGCGUCCAUGGCCUCAUCGGUCAGUUCAUGCAGGAACCGGAUGUGGUCAUCUACAACGAAAGACCAGGACAAGAUCCCGGGAAAUCUGAUGCUACCAUGGAAGUGAAAGGCCACAAGCUUACGGUCACCCGAGGCCUGCAGAAGGAUUAUCGCUUGGACCGUGCCUUUGGGACCAACGUCCAGUGCUGGUUUGUACACAACAGCGGCAAAGGGUUCCUCGAUGGCCAUUACAGAGAUUACCUUGUCCCUAAUUUAUACAGCUACCUGAAGCGCUUCUGAAUGCUCGGCUUGAAAGCAGGCGAAGAAACGGUCCAAACGGCCACCCAACUCACCUUGUAGCAAUUCACACGGGCAACAACAGCCUUUGGGAAGAGUUUCAUCACGGCCUGCUCCAUCUUAACGCCGCCCACAUCCCCCCCUACCCUGAAAUUACCCUCCCCAGGGAUAUUUGGACAUUGGGACUGCUUGUGUAGAAUGCAAACCAAACAUUCGACUUUUGAGCAAAGUUGCAUUUGAAAGCAAAAUGUAACCGAAGGGUGCUGGAAAAAUGUAGAAAAGGUGGUUAUUAUUCCCCCCCCCCCCAGACUGUAUAAAGAUCGUGUAUCCAAAUGGAAUUAAAGUAGAAAACUCUCUGGUG